CGGGCCCCUUUUUGAUGGACGGGGCCGCCCACAUCGCCAGCGACUCCCCGGAGGACGAAAGGGCCUCCUCCUCCGCGUCCUCUACCGGCUCGGCCUCCUGGCGCUCCCGGCCGCACAAGUGGAUUCACCUGCGGCAGCGCCGGCGACCGUUGUCCGCUCGGAGAGGAGAGGGCGGCGAAGCCAAUGGCAAGGGCGACGGUGACGACGUGCAGGACCUCGCGCUGCCGCUGGGGAGAUGUCCUUCACGGCGGUUCUCGCCCAGUACAUGCCUUUGGAAAACCAUGGCCAGUGUUGUUUCCACCGGACCGGGUCCUCUCUCCGCUGUUCUGAUCUAAUGUCGACUGCGUGCCGUUGGCUUCCCAUGCACAAGGUCCUACCGGCGGCAUUGGGCACCACGUGGGAAGCGGAAGGAGGAGCCGCAACUCUCCAUGCAAGCUCGGGUCAAUGUCAUCGCAAGUUCCGUGCUCGGCAUUGCUGUUCAAUCUUGCCUCAGCUGAUUUCGCCCGCCGUCCGCCCGAUGCUCCACACUUUGCCGUAACUCAAUCUGCCGGUUCUCCGCUUGAGGUACGUACUGAAGCUAACCUUGCAAGAGGCAGGCAUGGGAGGCAUGAUUGUUGCUGAAGCGGAACUCAUAAAUGUCUCACGUCAUGUGGUUCUGUGCUAUUCUUAAUCUUCUUCUCUGAAGUGUGUAGUUUCAGUUUCACAUCAAAUGUGUUGCGCUUGCAGUGCGUACCAAUGUACAGUUUAUCGAUGUGUAUAUAUGCGGAGUCGAUGGAAAACAUUGAAGCCAGUAGUUGUAUACCUAUUUCAAAAAUCAGCAAGUGGUUAGUAACAUUCUA